GAACGGAGCUACGACGACGAUCGCAACAAGAGUCCGUUGGGCGACAAUACCCACAUUGACACCAGCGGUUUUAGCCUACGACCCACAUGCACCACGUCGUCGAUCGAUAUUGAUAUUUGCGAUUGCGCUGUUUUGUUGACACUCUGAUGUUCUUGAGGAACUCACGCCACUAAUGACAGGCUCGUCUAAUUUCAGGGCUGCAAGGGAAAAUUAUAUAGCAUAGCGCUAUCCCAGAAACUGCUACUUGUGAUCAACAGAACUCGGUGUCAUUACUGGCAAAAUUAUCGUCGAGAUAAGGGGUAUCAGUUUUUGUAUUUAUGUACGCUCUCUUAUUACAAAGCGAAUAUCGUGUUUGAUGAUAAAAUGGAAAAUUGGGAAAAUUUCUCAUUUAAAGGGCAAAAGAUUAAUGAGAUACUUUGUCACAGGACUCGGAUUUAUUGACACGUUACAUGUGCAGCUGAUUCGAUAAAGUUCUCAUUAAUAUUGUACGAGAGGCCUUUGUUCGACAGUCAAUAUGUAGGAUUAAUUAUGUUAAUUAGAUUUUGCGAAAGAUGAAUUGCCUUAGUUUGGGUGCGGUUUCGUUAGAUUAAGGAAAAUGAUGUUUCCUUCAUCCAAUUAAAAUAAUUAAGUCUUUCCAUAAUUGCGGCGGAAUAGGACGUCUAAUUAGGAUUAUGACAAAGGGGUGUCGCUUCGGUUUAAAAAACGUGCGCGUUUUUUUUUUGAGGUUAUGAGAAAAGUCAGAACCGUUGGAAGAAAAUCUUUGAAUGGUGAUUGUAAAGAGACGAUAGGCAGAUGAUUAUAGAAUUAUUGCGGUCAAUUGAGUCUCGUUUGAAAAAAGGCAGCCUCGUAGACCCUUGUAAAAGGUGCAGUAAAUCAAAUUGUGUUUGCUCAAUAGGGUGUAUUUAAAUUUAUUAAAGGCAAGUCGUGUUGAUGACAUGUUUUUGUGGCUCGCGCAAAUAUGAAUGAAAGUGCUCCUUCCUUCCCUCGAAGUCGGUAUAAAUUUCGUUGAUUGUUUUUGAUGUUUGCUUUUAGGGUUGAUUCUUUACAUUAUGUAUGAUUAGAAGCAAGCAUCUUGUUCGGAGCAGGUGCGUGGGCGUAAUUUAAAAAGGAUAACAAGCCUCAUCAGUGAGGCGACGCGGUGCCAUGGAGGUGGCAAUGCCCAUGUCGGGUACUGCCAUCGACUGCUAUGAGGACAUGUUCAAGGAAAUAACCAGGAAGCUUUACGGCGAGGACGGCUUGCCGGAAUUAACCGGGACCGAGAGGCUCCCCACGAGCCAGGAUCGGGGCCUGACUCCAAUCGAUUAUGACGUAGACAAUCCAAUCUUAAAGCCGGAAGAACAUUUAACUGCGUUUGGCUUAGCCGCUCUCAUGCAAAAUGGGUUUCCCACAACAGGAAUACUAAAUUCGACUUUCCAACAACACAAAUCCGCUGCGGCUUCUGUCGAGGACAAGUGGACGCCCAACGAAGAAACCUUACAGUGGACUCAAUCAAAAAUCGCCACUUACAACCCGUCGCAAAAAUUAUUUCGGUGUGCGGAAUGUGACUGUGUCGGUUAUCUCCCUCGAGUUGCCGAACAUUGGUUAGGAACGCAUUCGAAUCUGAGGGCUUUUCAGUGUCCGCAAUGCCCGUACGAAAGUGCAUGGGCGAGAUGCGUGCGAACGCACUUGUCUCGUCAGCAUAACAUCAAUACCGACGAAUCGUCAGACACAAUGCAGAAAAACAAUCCCGUACUACAAGAAAUUACAAAAUAUCUCCAAAGAUUAAAAAACAAGCUUGAAAGUAACUGUACCAAACCGACUUUGACCAGUUCGCAGAUUCUGGAAGAGUUUCAAUCGACUUCGAAUUCAACAAGUAGCCACCUCUCUGGUCAGACGGUAGCUACGAGUUCAGAAACCCCCAACAGCUCUUCUACAAAAAGAUACACGUGUACAUAUUGUCCUUACGCAACCGAUCGAAGAGAUCUGUUCACAAGACACGAAAACAUACACAGAGAAGAGAAGCCGUUUCAGUGCUACGUGUGUCAAAAACAAUUCAAUAGAGCAGAUCACGUCAAAAAACAUUUUCUUCGAAUGCAUCGAGAACAUCCGUACGAUUUGAACAGAAUACGUCGGCACCCUCCAAAAAAUGCUUCCGGAAUGUCGUACUAUCAAAAAUAUAACGCCAACUCUACAAAUCAUUCGUCUGACACCAUAUCGUCCUUGGCCAACAUCAAUUCUUUAUCUAUUCCUAAUGGCUUUAAUAACGUCUCCCGUAAUGCCACGAACGUGAGACCAGGUAAUAAUAACACAGACAUGAAGAGCGGAAUCGCAAAUAUUAAAUCUGGAACUAUUUCUAAAGGUGGCGGUAAGAAAAAAGGAGAAAAACGAUUCUCUUGUUGUUAUUGCUCUUGGUCUGGAGUUGACAAUUGGUGUUUGAAGCGUCACAUGAACACACACUUAAAACCGUUCGUGUGCGGUCUUUGCGAUUACAAAGCAGCAAGGUCUGAAAGGUUGGCGACUCACGUUCUGAAGGUACACAAUAAGAGAGCGUGUGGGAAAUGCAGCUUUUUAGCCGACGAUCCCGCCCAGUUGACGGUACACCAACAAGAGCACCAUCCUUUGGAACAAAGGAAUCGCUCCAGUACGAACAUUCUUAGAAACACAUCUUUCAACAGCAGCGCUGCCACCUCUUCGUCGUCUUCUUGCAGCCAAAAUCAAGGCGGGUUAAAACCGCACGAGUUGAGUGCUGCGGCUGCUCUGCUUCAACACAGUAAUCGUCUACUCCAAGGCGACAACAAAUGGAAAAGUCACGCCCCGAAGCAGCACGGAGCCGCCCGUUUGUUCAAUUACAUGGAAGCCAGUGACGGGUCCGAGCCCGAGUCGGAAUCCAGAGGAGCCGAAGAUAUGAGUCGUUUAAAUUUGAGCCACAGGAUACAGUCGGAUUUUCUUGAGGCGGGAGAUGUUGGUAGCCAGGCAGACGAAGAAGAGGGUGAAGAGAUGGAGCUCCCUCUGUUCGUUUGCCCCACGUGCGGCUGCGAGUUUGAGGACGACAUGUCACUUGAAACCCAUCAAUACACGCACCGUCACAGCACUACAUCUCCCGCCAAGUCAGACAACUCCAAAGAGAAUGUCAAUCCAAAUUUAAAGUAUCGAUGUCGUUUGUGUGAUUUUGCGUUUGAAAGCCAGUCUUCUGUUAUGGCACACAUGGUGUCGCAUUCUAGCCUAACGACCGGGACGCAGACGGCCAAGUCCAACCUGACGAAGCGUCCGAGGAAACAAAGUCGUCCGAAGAAGAUGAUUUUGCCCUUCUGGGAUCUGAACGAAGUCGAAGUAUUGCGGCACCUCAAUGGGAACUUAAGUGAGCUGCAGCAGACCUCUAGUUCGACCAAGAUGGAGGUGUCCAAGAAAUACAUGGCUAAAAUCGUCGCUCGCAGAGGACUCUAUUGUGUUCUCUGCAAGAGUUCCAGCGUCAACAGAUACCACACCAAAGCCAGUCUGGCUCUGCAUUACUACUGGAAACAUUUGAACAAGAGAUUCAAGUGUGAGCAUUGCGACCUACAUUUUCGCCAUCGGUAUCAGUGCGUGCUGCAUGCCAGUCGCGAACAUAUAAGUAAACCACCGAUCCUUAAGUCUCAAACAGUGCCUAUUAAAGAACCAAUUCAUUCCGCAGUACCUGCUUCCCAGGAUGCCCAUCAUUUCUUCACAAAUUCUCAAACUGUUACUGUACCUGACGCAUCAUCCAAUGCGCAUAAAUUAGGGAUGUCGUUUUUUGACCAUUCAUUCAUACAUCCAGGCAACGCCAUUAACAGCCAUAUGCCGAUCAUCAUUCCAACCUUUCCACCAAAUUAAUAAACGCUCCGUUUCUCUUUUAUUUCCACUGAUAACAUGGCUAGGUACUAUAAAAAGUGACCUUCAAAAAUUUCUUUACAUGCUUGUAUCGUAAAUAUUUUCGGAACAAACUUAAAUGCAAUCAUAUUUUUCAUUAGAAUAAAUUUUCGUGCAAUAUCUGUUAUUUGGUGAUGUUUAUUGUAUUUACUUUUCAUAUUGUAAACUAAAAGACUGCAAUAUUUUUUGUUUAAUUUGUAUAUUCAAAAUAGACAACCUAUAUGUUUGUAAGUACGUUAUUGUUCAUACUUAUUACUUUUGUUACUAAUUACUAUUAUUCAUGUCAUGUAAUGUGUUUUUUUGUAUUAUUAAUAAAAUUGUAAACCAUCCACGAAAUUUAUUCACCAAACGGAG